GUAUCAGCUGGUGACUGAAGUGACAAGCGAAUGAGAGCGUUUAGUUUUAGUUUUUAUUUCUGAACUCAAAUUAAAUACCGAAAAUGAAGACGUUUUGUUUAGUAAAUUAUUACAGAAAACUAUUCAAAAGAUUAUCCAUACGAAGAUAUUGUUCUCAAAGCAGCAAAACUAGGCUCAGUAAUACAGAACACAUCAGAAAUAUUGGAAUCUUAGCACAUAUAGAUGCAGGCAAAACAACUACAACUGAGCGAAUGCUCUUCUACUCUGGUACAAUCCGGUCUAUGGGAGAGGUACAUCAUGGGAACACAGUCACGGACUACAUGGAGCAGGAGAGGCAGAGGGGAAUCACCAUAACUUCUGCUGCUGUGUCAUUCCCAUGGAAUGGCCACCAGAUCAACUUGAUUGACACACCAGGACACAUUGACUUUACCAUGGAGGUGGAGCAGAGCUUGGCCGUGUUGGAUGGUGCUGUUGUGGUUUUGGAUGCAUCAGCCGGAGUGGAAGCCCAAACCCUGACCGUUUGGCGUCAAGCAAGCGGGUACCGUAUCCCUCGGCUACUAUACCUCAAUAAGAUGGACCGCGCGGACGCAGAUGCAGCUGCUUGUGUACGCUCCGUGCGCGACAAACUGAACGCUGACCCGCUGUUAUUGCACGCGCCCGUGCUGCACGAAGGGAGAUUCAUAGGGCUAAUCGACUUGAUAACCUUAGAGGAAAUAAUAUGGACGCAGGGCCGCGGUAGGAACAUAGCGCGGCGAAAACUUACCGAAAAAUCAGACGGUCGCAAAUGGGAGGACGCGUUGAAAGGGCAUAGAGAACUCGUCGACUCUAUAUCGUCUAUGGACGACCAGUUGGCAGAUAUAAUUAUAAAGGAGGAGUCUUUGGACAACAUCGCCAGCAAAGACAUCGGUGACGCAAUCAGAAGAUGCACCGUCGGAAUGAAAGGAUUUCCAGUGUUAUGUGGUAGCUCUUACAAGAACAUUGGAGUUCAGACGUUGAUGGAUGCUGUGGUGUCUUACCUUCCUUCUCCAGAAGAGUGUAAUGAUUUGUACCAGUGCUUUAGCCAGGAUCUAGCCGCGAGAGCGUUCAAGGUGCAGCAUGACGAUCAGAAAGGAGUUCUUACAUUUUUAAGACUCUAUGAAGGGCAGAUUAGUAGAGGACAGAAGAUAUACAACUUGGCGAGGGAUAAGAGCGAACAGACAGGUUCACUGUACGUAGCGCUGGCUGACGAAUACAAAAUGGUGGAGAAUGUGACAGCUGGCAACAUCGCCGUCGUGAGCUCUCUAAAGGCUACAAUGACCGGUGACUUGGUGACAUCUACGCAAUCUGCCGCCAAUCGAGCUAAGGAACGUUUGACUGAACAACUGGGAGAUCCUACCCGCCUGGAACACCUGCUCGUUCCCAGUGCUAAGCAGCGGCUACAAGCGCUGGAAGAACAGCCCACGCCUGGGGAAAUUGCAGACAUUAUGCUGGGAAUCGGUACUAGAGUUCCAGACCCGGUGUUCAUAUGUUCCAUUGAACCGCCUAGCGCCGCGUUCCAAAGCGCGCUGGAUACCGCCUUGGAGGAGCUGACGAGGGAAGACCCCAGUCUGAGGGUCUCCACUGACGAGGAAACCGGGCAGAUAGUGCUGGCUGGUAUGGGUGAACUCCACCUAGAGAUAAUAAAGGAGCGAAUAAUCCGCGAGUACAAAAUCGACGUGGAGCUGGGCGAUCUGCAGAUAGCUUACCGGGAAGCGUUAGUAGGACAGGGUAGGCACACGCUAUCCGUCGAUAGGAAGAUAGGAAGUGCGCGACAGCAAGUCAAAAUCACCCUAUCAGCCAAGAACUUGAAGGUGCCGCAGGAUAAGGUUUUCAGGUUGGAUAAGUCACCGGACAGUGCUGCCAACCUGGCACACCUCCACCCACGCCACCUGGCGGCGAUGAAACGAGGCGUCGAUACAGCCAUACAACAUGGGCCUAAACUGGGCUGCCCGUUGGUGGACGUGCAAGUGACACUGCACUGGUUUGAAGUUGGUCGCGGAACUUCGGACUCCGUCAUCACCGCCACAGCAGCGCAGUGUUUGCGAAAGGUGUUUGAAGAGGCGGAUUCCGUUCUGCUCGAGCCGAUGAUGUUACUUGAGGUAGUUUGCCCUGAGAGCCACUCGGGGAGAGUGCUCGCUGAUCUCAAUCGACGACGAGCCAAUUUACGACACGUUACCAUCAGACAACAAAACAAGAUGUUAAUGAUGAUUGAACAGGUGAUCGAGUGCCUGGCCCCGCUCUCAGAACUACUGGGAUACUCGUCAACGUUACGUUCCCUGAGCUCUGGUCUGGCGUCCUUCACCAUGGAAUUCCAUUCCAACCAACGCAUGACGCCCACGGACGAACAUAAUGCCAUCAAACGAGUAACCGGGUUUAGCGCAUAA